CCUCUGCCCGCCUACCUCCCAUUACCAUCCCAUACAUCUCUUGACCUGAUUCCUUCCUGUCUUAUUCUUUCAUUCUACCGUGUCCGUUUUCUUCUAAUCUCUAUUCUCCCACCGAUUGACCCCCCUCGCCAUAAUGUCCGGAUACGACCGUGCUCUUUCAGUGUUUAGUCCAGACGGACACGUCUUCCAGGUUGAAUAUGCCAUGGAGGCUGUGAAACGAGGAACCUGCGCCGUCGGCGUCAAAGGCAGCGACAUCGUCGUGCUGGGCUGCGAGAAGCGCUCGGCCCUCAAGCUCCAAGACACCCGCAUCACGCCGUCCAAGAUCGCCGUCGUCGACAACCACGCCGUGCUGGCCUUCGCCGGCCUGAACGCCGACGCCCGCAUCCUCAUCGACAAGGCCCGUCUCGAGGCCCAGUCUCACCGCCUCACCGUCGAAGACCCCGUCAGCAUCGAAUACAUCACCAAGUACAUUGCCAGCGUCCAGCAGCGGUACACGCAGAGCGGAGGUGUCCGGCCCUUCGGCAUCAGUACGUUGGUCGUCGGCUUCGAUCCGAAUGAUGAUGUCCCGCGCUUGUAUCAGACUGAGCCGUCGGGGAUUUAUUCCGCUUGGAAAGCCAACGCCAUCGGCCGCUCGAGCAAAACCGUCCGCGAGUUCCUCGAACGCAACCACCAAGAAGACAUGGACCGCGAGGCCACCAUCCAACUGACCAUCAAGUCGCUGCUGGAGGUCGUGCAGACCGGCGCCAAGAACAUCGAGGUGGCGAUCAUGUCGCCCGGCCGGACGAUCGAGAUGCUCCCCGAGGACCAGAUCGAGGCGUACGUCAAGAGCAUAGAGACCGAGAAGCAGGAGGAGGCCGCCAAGAAGAAGACCGGUCGCGGGGGCACUACGACGGCGGCCAUCUUGACGAGGGGUGAGGCGAGCCAGUAAUCUUUCAGUCGAGUCUUGAUUGAUUGAUUGGUUGGAGGGGUUGAGUAAUUAGGUAGAUGAGAUAGUUACUA